CUCUGGGGGGCUACGGUGCUGCCGCCGUGUACUUUCCUGGGUGCCUGUGCUCGUUAUCGUCCUCGUCGUGCUCUGGUCCUACUAUGCCUACGUCUUUGAACUCUGCCUGGUGACUGUUUUGAGCCCAGCGGAAAAAGUGGGGCAUAAUGGGACAAAGCACAGGAUUUAGGGACAGAAGAUCUGGGUUGGAGUUCCAGCUCUAUCAUUUACUAGCUCUAUGAACUUUGUUAUCUACCUCAUAUUCUACCAUGCCAUCUUUGUAUUCUUUACCUGGACCUACUGGAAGUCUAUUUUUACACUCCCACAACAGCCAAACCAGAAGUUCCACUUGUCCUAUACAGACAAGGAGCGCUAUGAAAAUGAAGAGAGACCUGAGGUCCAGAAGCAGAUGCUUGUCGAUAUGGCCAAGAAGCUACCAGUUUACACAAGAACUGGGAGUGGAGCUGUAAGAUUCUGUGACCGGUGCCAUUUGAUCAAGCCAGAUCGCUGCCACCACUGCUCUGUCUGUGCCAUGUGUGUAUUAAAAAUGGACCAUCAUUGCCCUUGGGUUAAUAACUGCAUUGGAUUUUCCAACUAUAAAUUCUUCCUUCAGUUUUUAGCUUAUUCUGUUCUCUAUUGCCUGUACAUUGCUACAACGGUCUUCAGCUAUUUCAUCAAAUACUGGAGAGGGGAAUUGCCCAGUGUUCGCUCUAAGUUCCAUGUUCUUUUUCUCCUCUUUGUGGCCUGCAUGUUUUUUGUCAGCCUUGUGAUUCUCUUUGGUUACCAUUGUUGGCUUGUCAGCAGAAACAAAACCACCUUAGAGGCCUUCUGUACUCCAGUGUUUACAAGUGGCCCAGAGAAAAAUGGGUUUAACCUUGGCUUCAUCAAAAAUAUCCAGCAGGUGUUUGGAGAUAACAAGAAGUUCUGGUUAAUACCUAUCGGGUCCAGCCCUGGUGAUGGACACUCCUUCCCUAUGAGGUCUAUGAAUGAGUCGCAGAACCCAUUGCUAGCAAAUGAAGAGCCCUGGGAAGACAAUGAGGAUGACAACCGAGAUUAUCCAGAAGGAUCAUCAUCUCUUGCUGUGGAAACAGAAACGUAGCAGUUUUCACAUUUCCUGCAUCUCUCAAACAGGACACUGCAUCUCCAAAGAAGCUUACAGAGUUCAAUGUUGGGAACCAUUCUGAUCUUCAAAAUAAGUCACUAUGGCGGAUUGGAAGCUUCACAAUUUGAAAGCAUCCCAUCAAAUACUUGCUGUGCAGAUAAAUGUUUCAGGACUUUACAAGUUAUUUAAUUUACUAGCUGAACUCAUCAAUCUGGUAGCAAUUAAUUCAAACCAGUCUUCCUCUGCUUCUUUCUUCAUUUCCCCUCCCCACAUCUGUGAAAGCCUAAAUGUAACAUAUUUAUCUUUCCAGAGGCUCUUUUCAUUCCUCUUGUCAGGUAAAGGGGAACUCAAAAGACUUCCCUGGAAUCUUUAACUCCCCUAGAAAGACCAUUAAUCAUAUCUACAGGGUUUUUGUUUUAUUGAGAGGAAUGAGACUAGCUUGCUACUUGUAUGCAUGUGCAUUUAUAAGCAUGCAUAUGUGCAGCAUAUUUACACAAAAUUCUUCUGUGGUGUGAAAAUCGUGACAAAAAAAUCUGAAGUUUUUAUUCAAUUGUAUUUUUUUCCUAAAUAGCAAUUUAAAUAUUUGCUGAGCUGUGAACACCUUCCCUGUAUCAGAUACCCAAAAUUCAAGAGGGAGAUUCAACACUGUGAUCAAGGUCCUAGAAUUGGAAAUUGAACAACAAUGUAAAACCUGUUCUCUGUCAUAGAUGUGUGGUAUUCCUGAAAACACCAUAGCUAAUAGAUGAGAUCAGAUUUCCAUUUUAUUUAACAUAAUGAUUGGUGUUUUAAAGACUUUUAAUGACAGACUGUGGUAAAAUUCUGCAAUAAUUUUUAUUCUUCUCUCUGCUACCUAGCUUUAUUUUAACCUUUAUGAAUUAGUCUUAUGAUAAAAGAAAAACUAUAAGCCUAAGUUAUGGACCAUUGGCUUUGUUAAGGGGUUUAAGGAUGAUUUUCAGAUUUAAUUAUAAUACUGUUAAUAAGGGUGAAGUUUCACAGUUGAAAUUAGCCUAAAGAUUAGCACUAAAGAUUUUUUUUCACAACAGGGAUUAGUAUACAGAUAGUGAAAAACCUAAUAGUUAUAUGACAAUUCUUUCUCUUUUUUCUUUUCUUUUUCUUUUUUGCUUAGUUUCUGUAGUAGUGCAGCCAUUAAGAUAGUUUACAUUCAUUUCACAAUUUAUUUAUAAUAAGCCUUUCUUUUAGUCCUAGUGCCUGAAUCAAUGAGUAUGGACAUUAAUGCUACUUCUCUAUAAUAAUAAUACCUGAGUAUUGAUGGUUUUCAUUUCUCAGUCAGUGCCAUAGUGCCCAGCUGCUAACAAUAGAGGUCCCAACUCUUACAGAGAUCAGUCAGGCAUCUUAUUGAUAUCAAGUUUUUGAGCUCUUAGAGGGAUAUUAAUUUUGCUAAGUUAUUCCCCCUAAAACCUUUUUGAGUAAAAAAGAGAUGCUUGCCACAAACAAUUCAGUGUUCAGGCUCCAGUAGAGCUGUGAAUGUGAGCAAUUCAGGUACUUAAAGCAACGAAAGUCCUGUUCAUUUGAAUCUUCUAGGUAAUUUUGGUCAUGGUAAGACUUUCAGCAUAAAUUAAAUGGAUUGUGAUUGUGGCCAGCAUUUCAUUUAAGAGAAUACUAGAUGUGACUAAAUCUAUUAGGGCCAAGGACUCUUUCUCAAACUCAGAUGCCAAGAGCUAGCCUAGAAGACUAUGCACACUGGGUUUCAUGAUGAAAUCAUGUAUGUUCAUGAAAGGUUAUUUUCCCCUUCCUCUCCCUUCAAACACUCUCUUGUUUGGGUUUAUCUUGAAAGCUUAUUUGAUCAUCCACAUGCUCUUAUAUUUGACAAGACUUGCCUUAUAUUUAUUUAGAAAUGCACCUUUCUUAAAGGUAGGGCUGUUGCUUACUCCACAGCCAGUAGGCCUCAAAGCAAUCUUUCCCAUCCAUCAUCUUCUGCCAAGAGUUUAGGCAGAAUAGCUGCUAACUAUGAUUCAAAGUCAGGAAGGAAUCAAGAGCUUAUUUAAUGAGUAGAGUGUAUCAGCACUCAUAGAAAUCAGGUCAUAAAAGACAGUGUCAGGGAACUACAAAAAAGCACUGGAAGGGUAAAGCUCAGGAAAGCUAUAAUGCAAAGUUGAUUGUUUAAUGUCUUACAGAUUUACACUGUCUUCAAAAGGCCAAAUAAAUUAGGAUUUUACCUGGGGGCUUAGGGAAAUAAAGAAACCCUAUUCCUAUCUAUGAACCUUUAUUUCACUAGUUUAUAGACUUUGAUACUAUCCCCAUUAUAGGUCAUUGAGUAUUAACUUCUGUACCUAGACACCCCCCCCCCCAAUUGGUUGACUAUAAAGAAGACAGAGAGGUUUGUUUGAUAAUUUGCAUACCCUGAUCUGUUUCCUUAGCUUGUUUUUCCUUGGGCCAUGUCCAAUAACCUCUGUGGGAUCUCAUUCCCCAAUCUUUGGUACCCAUCUUCCCUAUUUGCAAAACAAAGAUGCUCAUUGUUAGGGUUAUACAGGUGAAAGGUGCUAUGUAACUCCCCAGUGCUCUUAUAUAUCCUUCACUGCAGGACUGGAAUGAAAAGUUUAACCAGAAUAGUAUUUCUAAACAAAUCAGUGUAUUCCAUUCUUUCUUCCAUGCUCUCAUUAAUGAUUUGUUCUUGCAGAGCUUAAAGUGCUUUAUUAAUGUUACUCCAUUCAUUCCAACAAUGUCCUUGGAAAGAGGCAGAAUAGAAAUGAUUGUCCCCAUGCUACAACCUGAAAAAUUAAGGACAAAAGAAAUGAAGCACCCUCCAAAAGACAUAGCUGUCUGAAACAGAACUCACAGAUGCCAUGUCCAGUGUACUGUUAGUGUGACUUGGCUUCCCAGUACUGGAAUAACCAUGGAGUAGCUUAGAACACAGAGAGCAAUUAGGGCAGGACCACAUUUCAGAAGAGUCUCAGUUUGUCCAAAAUCUGAAAGUAUGCAAUUUAUACAAUUCUUAUUUCUAUGUGAUAGAAAUGUAAUAUGUGCCUCUUUCCCCUUCUGGCCCCAUACAACAAAUAUUUCACAUUGUGUGGCAUCAGCCAGUGCCAUUAUGUCCUCUGGCACCUAUAGAGGCCACUCUCAGGGCUGUCUUUGCCAGAGAAAAGAAUGUGUUUCCUCAUGUUUAUGCCAAGUUGCACAAAGUGUAGACAUUGAGAUUAAUGAAGAUUUAAGCACAAUCCUAGCAGGUGUAAGAAUAUUUAAUAUACAUUAUUGUAACGUGCGUCUGAAAUUUAAUAUAGCCCAAAUUCAUAAGAAUGUAACAGUCAUGCAAAGCCUAUGUCUUUCACCUAUCAUCACACAUAUAUAUUUAUACAUGUGUGCGCACACACAAUGCCCCCAAAGCAGGCCGCCUCAUCAUCAGGAGAAAAUACUUUAAAGAAAUGAGUCUCUGUCCUCUCCUGUUAGAAAAAAGUCCAACAGUCACUGCAAGUGAAAAAUAUUCCAUUCAUACCUUCUAGAACUUCUGCUCCUAGAGUAGCUAAGGUACUCAGUUGGUGCCAAAGACAUGUUCUGUGCCUCUAUGAGUCACAGAAUGCACAUGACAAGAUAGACCUUUCCACAAGUUUCAUGUUCUUAGAAAAUUCAUGUGUUCCAUCCAAUCAGUAGGAAAUGGUUUAUGAGGUAUGGUACAUCUGCAUUUCUUUAACCAGAGCUAUAAUGUACCAUAUUAAAUUGUAGUCUUUUGCAUACAGGUGUUAUGUAAUAUAAUGAUGAAUGGAUGGCACCUAAUAGCAUGCAACCCGUGACUGUUUAAUUCUCCAAAAGGGCUAGGGCUGUGUCCCACACAGUGUUCAAAAUUAUUACAUGUUUUUCUUUGUUGUAGCAGCCCAAUAUAUGGCCAUCAGCAGAUUGAGUUAGAUAUGAAUGUAAUAUAUCAGGAAAUAGAUUCUUUGUAGGGAAUGGUGUUAAAGGGGAAAAAAACAGUAAGAUAAGAUGCAUUUAAGGAAUAAUGGCUGUCAUCCUGCUGGCUAAAUCAGCAAAGGGAUGCAGCAGGAAAGCUGUUACUGGGUUUUGGUAAUAUAUGAAAUGCAUUGGAGAGCCAGGAGAAGAAAAGCACUGGGGACCUCAGCAGUUAAGCUCAAGUUGCCACUUUGCUACAAAUCCUUUUAUCCAACAAUUUUCUCAAGGUAAUUUUAUAUAAUAUUCUUAAAACCAUGUGUCUUGCUACAGAAAUACCCACAAAUACUGACCAGCUUUAUCUUCCUAAGUUUUUUGUUAAAAGCAUAUGCAUAAAAUUGUUGUUUCUUUUAUACAUUAUGGUGUCGUUAAACAAUGUUGAGAAAGCCUAAAAUUUCAGACCGCCUUGAUGGAAGUUUCUAUACUUCUCAUUUCAUGGGUGUAAUAGUGGAGUUUAUUCACUCCCAGGUUGAUUUGUAUGUGGUAUGUAGACUCCUCUGUAACAUCUCAUCUUCCAAACAUCCCCACCCCAUCUCUGUGCUCAGUGUUUCUCUCUAUGUUCCUAUGUGGAUAUGAGUUGGGAAAUUAGCAGCAAUGGCUUUUAGAUAGAACUCGAACUAGUCUAAUGUCACUUAAUCAUGUUCAGUCUGCUCAGCCUCACACAUCUUUUGCCUUUCCCUCUGUUAUUGUGAUAAGGAAAAAGAAAAAGAAAACUUAUUAUGUCUAAUGAUGAUAGGAACUCUGGUUUGCUUUUUCUUACGGUGAAGACUAUGUUUAUUAUUCUCCAUAUGCACGUCACCUGAAAAAAGAAUACAAUGAUUCUGAGAAAAGAUUACAGUGAUCCAAUUGCUCCUAAGUUAUAUCUUACCCUCAGAGAAAUAUUUGGAGAGACCCUUAUCAAGUAAGCCUCAAAUAAGUUUUCCCUCAAUAGAUGCUUCGUUUGCACAAAAAAAAUCCUUUUCAGACAGAAGUAGCCAACAAGAAGGCAGAAGUCAUUGGAAAUGCAGAGCACUGAAAGCUGAAGUUUGGAACAAAAUUGUUGACAUAGAUGUUUGGAACAAAAUUCAAGGCAUAGAUAUUUAAAAGGAAGCUUUAAUCUGUAGAUAUAGAUAUAAAGAUAUACAUAUAAUAUAUGUAUAAUGGUUUAUACAGGAAUGUGUAAAUGUAUAGAUGUAUUUUCUUCAUGUUAUAAACAACAAAAUUUACAAAUUAAAUUUCUCACCAUAU